AUGCGAAUCCGGCGAAAAGAGUGUGCUGGUGCAGGAGAACUCGAGCCUCUGCCAAUGAUCGAUGGCCCGAGCAGCAUGGCCAGUGAUCUCAACCCCAAGGCCGAUCGACCGAACAAGAGGAGGAAGACCACCCUCCUGACGAAUAACACCGAGGACGAGGGCAGGCGGACGAAACGAAAGGUUACCGACCCUUUAAGCGGGCAAAAUGCCGUAAAUCUCGACAUCACGCCGCAGGUUGCGGAUCUACCCGCACCGAUCCAGCCUAUCUACCCGAUGCCCACGAUCUACUCCAUGCCACCCCCGGUGCCGUCCUAUUAUCCCCCUCCAAGCUAUCCUAAGAUCCCCGCCGAGUUCUUCACUGUUCCAGCGCACACGAUCCAGGUGUACACGAUCCAGGCGUGCAUUAUCCAGGCGUGCAUUAUCCAGGCGUGCAUUAUCCAGGCGCACACGAUCCAGGCGUGCAUUAUCCAGGCAUACAUUACCCAGGCGUACAUUACCCAGGCGUACAUUACCCAGGCGUACAUGAUCCAGGCGUACAUGAUCCAGGCGUGCAUUAUCCAGGCGUACACGAUCCGGGCGUGCAUUAUCCAGGCGUGGUUUAUCCCGGUGUACAUGAUACGGGCGUACAUGAUACGGGCGUACGUGAUCCAGGCGUACAUUAUCCAGGCAUACCUAUUGCGAGCGUACCUGUUCCAAGCAUAUCUUUGCCAAACACGCCUGCUACAGGAGCGCCUACCAUCUUACCAACCCCCGAGCCAUCGGCAGAGCCGAAAUCAAAAAGUCGUCUCCGGCCAGGCCAACGGUCCCUGGACAGAGUCUCUUCCCGUUGCGGAGGUCAAGGGUUACGCGGUUGGUCUCGCGGGGGCCGAAUCUAUUCUGCAAUCCAUUGUCAAAACAUACGACCUCCCAGCAAUCCUCACGGCUCUCCGACAGGCGAACUCGUACGACAUUCCUCGUCCACCUCCGGAGUUACGCUUACCCCACAAACAUUUCGAGUCGGGUCCCAAGAUUCAGCGUAGGAUACGGCCCCAACUUAAAACGUACCAAGCCCCCUCUCGCUCGACGAUAGUGGAGUCUAGCGAGGACGAACUUGGCCAAAACGUCCAUCCCGUCAUUGGCAAGCUUUUCAACUCUUUAAAGACGUCCCUUUCAGCAUACGACCGGUCUGAUUGCGAAUCGUCAUCCUGGGCGCAAAAGCUUCUGGGGCCGCCGAAAAAGAAGAAGAAGAGGUCGAAGCUAGACGGCUUCAUCGUAUCGAGCGAGGACGAGGCCGACGAACUCGACGAGAUUUCGGACGCGGACAACGAGUGGAUGUCGCCGCGCAAGGAAACGGCAAAGACGGUGAUCCGCACCGGGGAUUUGGCGGCCAAGGCCAAGGAAGCCCGGUUAACGAAUGCCAUCGUCAUCAGCGGUCCCCACGGUUGCGGAAAGACGGCGGCCGUCUACGCUAUUGCCAAAGAGCUCGACUAUGAGGUCUUUGAGAUCAAUGCCAGCAGCAGGCGCAGUGGGAAGGACGUGAUUGAAAAACUGUGGAUAUCAACCCUCCGCCGCCCCGGCGACCCCGCGGCCACCUCAACAACAAAACCGAACCUGGAGGAACCUAAAGGCGAAGCAGCGACGCCAAAGGCGGGGCAGCCAUCAAAGUCGCAGAAGCAGUCGCUGAUCCUUCUCGAGGAAGUGGAUGUGUUGUACGAGGAAGACAAGCAAUUUUGGGUUACGAUUAUGACACUGAUUGCCCAGUCUAAGAGACCAUUUGUCAUGACGUGCAACGACGAGAACCUCGUACCUCUCCAGAGCCUCAGCUUGCACGGUAUCUUCAGGUUUACCCCGCCACCCACCGACCUCGCGGUGGAUGCGAUGCUCCUCAUCGCCGCAAACGAGGGCCACGCUCUCGAACGACGACCGGUAGAGGAUCUCUACCUCAUGCGGUGCAAAGACCUCCGGGCCUCGCUCACGGACUUGAACUACUGGUGUCAGCUAGGCGGGGACGUGGUGCGCGUGGUCAGCGAAGGAACGUACCGAACCGGCAUGGGCUGCUUCGCCCGGGACGUGGUGACGAGCUGCGCGACCGAGGCGGAGGUGGAAGCCGAGCUUGUGGAUCAGACGUGGGAGUGGUGGGGAGUCGACUGCGAUGGUUUCCUCGAAGUCAAGAACCCCAAGGCAUUUCCCGCCAGACACCGGGAAGAGGGAGCGGACGCGGCCAAGGCCACGGCCACGGCCAUGGCGCGAAAGCAGACACUUGCAUCGCUAGACAUGUACGCGGGGCUGAUCGAAUCUAUGAGCGCGGCCGACAUUCUCGCCGCCGGUGGAUUCGGGCAGCGGUUUGAUGAAUCGAUCGACGCUACCCUCCCCGAGAUCAAUUCACGCGCACGAGACGACUUUACGCUCGGCCGCGCGGUCCUCGACGCGCCAGUGACGACACACCACUGCCCACUAUCAAACCACAUUUCGACAGCGACCAAGUGUCUAGCUCGUGCGGUGUUUAGGGACACGGCUCAACGGCGCCAUCUCGCGCACGAGACGUCGGCGGCGGCCCCGCUCAACGAGGCGUCGGCCAUUACCAACAUACGAGCCGCCGCGGACGGGCACCAGUCGCGCCACUCGAUUAGUAGGAUGGACAUGGGCUUCGCCUUUGACCCCAUUGCAGCCUCGGAUAAGUUCCCCACGAGCGCGCUCGGGUACCUGGACCCGUCCGUCUUUGACCGCACGAUGCGUCUCAUCACGCUGGACGUGGCGCCCUACGUGCGGGCCAUUGUCGCGUUUGACGAACGCCUCAAGAAGGAGCGGCUACGGCUGGGGAACCUGGUGCUCCUCAACGAAAGCAGCACGCCGCUCUCCCAGCGCCCGGCCAAGAGGCAGCGGCAAACGAGAGCAGCGUUGUCGGCGCUGGAGGGCGGGCCGAGGAGCACGACGCGUCGGGAGAGGUACUUUUCGGUAGACCUCAAUCCGUACCUGGUCAUGAGGACGGGCGGGAAAGGGUGGCAAGACGCAGUGGAUGAAAUUAUGGAGAAGGCGGCGCUCGAGGCGAGACUCAAGGAGGCCGCGGUCGAUCAGGCCGCCGCUGCGUGGGUGUCGAUGUCGUCGCCGUCGCCUGGGUCGGUAUUGGGUUCCGAGAGGAGGGGCCGCCCGCCUCGCUUGUGGUGGAGGGGCGGGUGCUGUGACGCAUAUGGGUACACAGAAUGCACCCAACAUGUAGUAUGGAAAGGGAAGUGCUAG